CAUGUCUUUUAAGGGGCAUUAGUCCAAGCUUUUCUUUCGCUUUUUUCUUUGAUUCUUCUCUUUUUCCUUUUUGGUAAUUUUACUUCCCUUUUAAUCCUCAAAUUUCCUUUCAAUAAUUUUUAUUUUUCCUUUCUAUUCCAUUAAACAAUGAAAAUGGCAUAUUACCAAUCAAUCAUCCCUUCCCCUCUAUAGGAAACACCCAUCAUUGAUCCCAACAAUCCUUUUCAACCUUAGAAACCUGAGCUUCUAACAUAUACCCUUAAUUCCAUUUCCAUUUCUUUUCCUCUUUCCCUGCUCUCCUCCCUCUUCAUUCUCCUUGCUAUUCUCUGGAUGCCUAUUUCCUAUCCAUUUAAAUAUCCCUUCUCUUUAUAACAUUUUGUCCUCGCCCUUACUCCCACUCUUAAAACUCCACUUUUUUUCUGACAAUGGAUCCAUCUUCCAACAGCUCAGUCAAUGGAUUCUACACCUUCCUUACUCGUGGCAUAGAUGAUCUUGAGCGUAUCUAUCUCUCUAAUAACUUCAUGUCAAUCCAAUUCCUUCAGAGGGUUCUUUCCCUUCUCCGAUCUUUCCAUUCCCAGCUACUUCUUCUUGUCCAAAAACUUCAUCUUCCUGUUGGUGAUAAGUGGCUUGAGGAAUACAUGGAUGAAAGUUCCAAACUUUGGGAAGCUUGUCAUGUCCUUAAAUCGGGCAUCUCUGGCAUGGAAAAUUAUUUCUCUGCUGGAUUUAAUAUCACUUCUUCUCUUGAUAAUCAUCGCCAUCUUAGUCCCCAACUCUUCAGACAGGUCAUCCGGGCAAUUUCAGGGUGCCGUAGAGAAGCUGUGGGAUUGGAAGAAGAGAACAGGGCGUUUAUAGAAACAAGAAUCCAACCACUUUCAUUAAGGUUUGAUGAGAAGGUUUCUAUCGAAUCAAAGCUGAAUGGGUUCAAUGGUUUCCGAGGAGUUUUAUAUGCAAUGAGGAAUGUCAGCUCAUUGCUUUUAAUGAUCUUGCUGUACGGGCUGGUUUAUUGCUGGCCAGAAUCAAGUUUCUUAAGAGGAGGAUACGAAGGGUAUCUUGUUUUUGGAUCAGCUUUCAUGAUCUCAACAGCAAGAUUGCAGCAAAGAGUGGCAGCAGAGAUCAACCAGAUGAAUGGGAGGCCAGGCAUAUUGCUUUAUGAGUUUAGGAGAUCAAAGUUGGCUAUGGAAGAGCUGAGAGGGGAACUAGAGAGCAGGUGUGGACAAGGAGGGGUGCUGGAGUGGGAAACAGAGGUGGGGAUAAGGGAUAGAGUUGAGAAUCUUAAAGGGUGUUUUGGAGUAUUGAGAUCUGGUGCUGAGAAUAUAGUUGGGCAACUCGAUGAUUUCUUUGACGAGAUUGUUGAAGGGAGGAAGAAGCUUUUGGACUUUUGCAGUCAUAGGUAGCGAAAGGAGAGAGAUGAGAGACAGUAGGACGGUUGAAAAUAAAAAGUAAAAAACAAAAAAAACUAGGUAGAAUUAUCAGUUGUUGGGGGUUGUUGUACCUUUUAACCCUUGUCUUCCUUCUAAUUUUCCCAUUUUUUUCUUUAAAAAAAUUUCUUUGUUGUUUGUUUCUGUUGUGGAGAUAGUAGUUUGUUUUCCCCAAAGCCAAGAGAAAUACAUGCAGGGGACGGGGAGACAAAAUUGAGUGAUUCAGGGCUUCAACAAUCUU